UUUAAAGAAAUCGGGCGACCCUGGUGGGUGGCGCCCAAAAACAAGCCUUUUGAAUUUUUCUUCUACUUUUUCAAGUUUACCCAGAAUGCUCACUGCCCUCUCUCUCUUCCUCACUCCGGCGACGACCUAAACUGAUUUUCCGGCGGCGGUGAGAGGUAGUCCGGCGAAGACCAGGCGACUCUCUCUGUCUCUCUCACUUUCUCACUGUCUACGGUUGAAGCGGAACGAGGGAGAAAGAUAGGAAGGGACACACGUCUAAGGAAUUCCCCCGGGAGCUAAUUCCUUUUUGGGCGUCCAUUAGUCUGGCUGGUUUUUCUGCACCACUCCGGCGACCCCGUGAAUGAUCAGGGCCUUCUUGGGAAGGUGCGAUGGCUGAUGAUAAAAAUGCUGUCGAUUCUCAGUUGGGUACAGGGCAAAACAACAAAGUGACAACAAUGCUAUUUCGAGAUGAACCUAGUAAUGUUGAUGAAAAUAGUAAUGUUGGAUUAGUUGGAAGUAGUGGUAAUGCACAUGUUGUGAAUCUCAUGGAGAAUAUUGAACAAGGAUUUGACCAUGAUUGUGAAUCUAUAGGAAACGAAAAAGAAAGCAUUUCACUUGAUAAUGAAAUUGAAGGGUAUACUCCAUCUAUACCUAUUCAUUGUACACCUUCAAUUGGCAUGGAGUUUAAAAGUGAUAAAGAUGCUUUCCAGUUUUACAGAGUAUAUGCAGAUAUGAGUGGAUUUGAUGUUCGUAUUCAAGUAAAAAAAAACGAGGUAUAGUUGUGUGGAGACAAUUUACUUGUAACAAAGAAGGUAUGAAGAGAAAAACAAAUGAUGGAAAAAAAGAGAGGGUUACAACAAGAUGUGGUUGUCCAGCAAAAGUUAACCUUUCUUGGAAAAAGGAAAAGAAGGUUUGGGUUAUUAGUUCUGUAUAUCUACAACACAAUCAUGAAUUGCACUCUCCAUCAAAGUUCAAAAUAUUGAAAGGUGCACAUCAAUUUAAUGAGAAACAUGAAUUGUUUGUAAAUAAAUGCAUUAGUUCAGGUUUAAAACCUUACCAGGUUGUGGAUGUUUUGUCACAUGAAGCUGAUGACCUUCAUAAUGCUCCAUUUAUGGAUGAACAAUUAGAUGUUCAUUUUAAAAGGAUGGUCAGAAGUUAUUAUGGAAAAGAUUGUCAGUAUGUUGUAGGCCAUUUUAAGAAAAAAAAAGAGGAGAAUCCUGACUUUUAUUAUGCUAUUCAAUUUGAUUCGAUGGGGCAAUUCAGUAAUUGUUUUUGGGUAGAUGCGAGAGCACGAGAGGAUUACUACUAUUUUGGAGGUGUAGUUUUAUUUGAUACAUCUUAUAAAACAAAUAAUUAUAUGACGCCCUUUGUGCCAUUCAUUGGGGUGAAUCAUCAUUGCCAAUCGAUUGUAUUUGGAUGUGCUCUUCUUAUAGAUGAAUCCGAAGCAUCUUUGAUGUGGGUAUUUAGUGAAUGGUUGCAAGCAAUGGGUGGAAAAUAUCCAGCUGCUAUUAUCAGUGAUCAAGACCUUGCUAUGAACUCCGCAAUAGAGAGGGUGUUGCCACAUACUAUUCAAAAGUAUUAUAUUUGGCACAUAUACCAAAAUGUUACGGACUAUAUCAGUGAGUUGUAUAAGAAUCUAGAAUUUCGUGAUCUAUGGGAGAAAUGGCUAUAUCAGUCAGAAAAAAUUCAAGAGUUCAAAACUUUAUGGGGUGAAUUGGUUACUUUGUUCCCCUCUUUGAAAGAAAGUGAAUGGGUAGUCAAAUUUUGGAAUACUUGUACCGAGUGGGCUAAACCAUAUAUGCCUUCCACAUUUAUGGCAUGAAUGUCAACUACUCAACGUAGUGACAGUAUGAAUGAGUUUUUUAAGAAUUAUGUUAAUAAGAAGACUUCUUUGGGAGAAUUCAUUCUAAAGUUUGAUGAAGCUAUUAAAAAACGAAGGCGUAAAGAGUUGAAAUAUGAUCACAAAAUGAAGGAUGAAGCUGAACCUUUAGUUACAAAUGGUAGUAUGGAGCUGCACUUGAGGAGUACAUGUACUCCAACAGUUUUUCACAUGUUUAGAGAACAACUACUACAAUCACUUUGUUGUAGAGUCACAUUUACUUGUCAUGGUGAUUCAAAAAUAUAUAAAGUGAUUGACAAACAAUUGCAUGGGAGAGUCGACAGAGAGUAUGAGCUUACUUUCAGUGGGAAUUUGAAGGAACUAUUGACUUGCACCUGUUCAUUAUGGAAGUCAUCCAGGAUUGUAUGUCGCCACAUUUUUUCUAUAUUGACACAUGAAUCAUUUGAAGAAAUUCCAUCUAUUUAUGUUCUUAAAAGGUGGACAAGAACUGCAAGAAGUGGCAUAGUGCAUCAUAUGGGCUGUUCAAGUCAACUAAUUGGAGGUGAUGAUUCAUUGAUGGUAAAGAGACACAUAUUAAGCCUAAAGGCAAACAAGUGUAUUAGUGCAGCACUCAAUUCACAACAGAAAUAUGAACAUGCCAUACAAAGAUUUGAUAAAAUUUUGGCAGAAUUGGAAGGUAUUACUCCUGAAGUUUCAAGUGCACAACCUUGCUCUAAUAAACAAUUUACAUGUGCGUUUGAAAAUAUGUCAACUAAUAGGGAAGAAGGAAGAGACUUGCAGUCAACUGAUCUUUCUUCAAGUAUUUAUGUAACUCCCAUAAAUUGCAAACAAGCAUGUGCAAUGGGAAUUGAAAAACAAAUUGAAUCAGUUAUUCAUAAGAGUAAACCCUUAAGGACAUCUGUUACAUGUCAUGGUUCU